CUUCUAAAAUCUACCCGGUCAACUCAGGAAAAAAGAAAGGAAAGAAAAGUGGGUAUUAGAGACUGAGAGACAGAUUUUGAGAAAGAGGGGAAAGAAACGGUGAGAGAAAAGGGAGAAAAAGAGGGGGAAAAAAAGCAAGAGUAGAGAACGAAAGAGAGAAGCUAAGAUUACUUACAGAGUCAGUCAUCGGACGUCGUUGGAGUGAGAGAGAAGAUGGAAACAAAAGAAACUCUGGCAUUGGUACAAGGCCAAGCCCAAAUCUGGCAACAAAUGAUCGGCUCGGUGGAUUCUAUGGCAUUGAAAUGUGCGGUGGAGCUCCGCAUUGCUGAUAUUAUACACUCUCAUGGUGGCCCCAUUACAUUGCGCCAAAUAGCCUCUGGGAUUGAUUCGACAUCUCCUAAUAUCCCCUACCUCGCACGUAUCAUGAGAUUACUUGUCUGCAAAAACAUCUUCACCGAACAACAUCAGCCGGUGGACAGUGGUGAGGAGACACUCUACGGGUUGAACCAAGCGUCAAGAUUGCUUCUGCAUGAUGCUGAGCUCAGCCUAGCGCCAAUGGUUUUAUUGAGGAACCAUCCAUGGCUUUUGGCACCGUUGCAUUGGCUCAGCCAAUGCGUCAAAGAAGGGGGCACUGCGUUCAACAAGGCCCAUGGCUGUGAAAUUUGGGACUUUACAUCAAAAAAUCCUGAGUUCAACAAUAUCUUCAAUGAUGGCAUGGCGUGUACAACCAAGAUUGUGAUGAGGGUGAUCCUGGCGGAAUACAAAGAUGGGUUUGGUUGCGUGGGAUCAUUGGUGGAUGUAGCAGGUGGGACGGGAGGGACGAUAGCUGAGAUUGUUAAAGCACAUAAACACAUGAGAGGUAUUAAUUUCGAUCUGCCACAUGUUGUGGCCACAGCACCCAUGCACGAAGGGGUCUCCCAUUUUGGAGGUGACAUGUUUGAGUCCAUUCCUAAUGCAGAUGCAAUUCUCAUAAAGUGGGUGCUACACAAUUGGAGUGACGAACAUUGUAUAAAGAUUUUGGAGAAUUGCAGAAAAGCAAUACCAGAGAAGAGUGGAAAGGUUAUUAUUGUUGACAUUGUUGUUGAGAAAGAUGGUAAUGAUUUGUUUGAUGAGACUCGCAUGGUAUUCGAUUUGACUAUGAUGGCAUACACUGCCGGUGGAAAGGAGAGGACUGAGCUUGAAUGGAAGAAACUACUGGAGGAAGCAGGCUUCGGUCGCUACAAAAUCAUCAAAAUUCCAGCUAUACAAUCCAUUAUUGAGGCCUAUCCCAACUGAGAGUGACAUGCAAUUGUUGUGAAGACGCCAUUGGCACCACACACCGUUGACUUGAUGCUGGUUUUAUUGUAAACGAAGAAACCCAAUAAAAGAAUAGGGAAAAAUAAAUAGAAAAGGAGAAGAUGUGUGAUAUGUGCAACUUGCGAUUAUAAUUUAUA